ACAGUUCCCUGCAGUUCCUCUUUAUCAGUCUGUGCUAGCGGAGACACUCCCCUGUCACAGAGUCCCCACCAUCUCUGAAAACUGGGUGUAAUAAUGACACGGGGGUCACACACAGAAGAACUGUAGGCCAGGAAGCUGAGAAGAGACCCCCGGACCCUUCUUCUACAUUUCUGACUUCCCGCAACAUGAAUCGCAAAGACAGCAAGAGAAAACCUCGCCUAGACAUUUCAAACCAAACCGUAAGCAGCAAUGGAGUCUGCCUUCUUGUUAAGAGCCGACAUAGUCAGAACAGGAGGAGGAGAAGGAUGACCUGCCCAAGUCCUGCUGAUAUUAACCAGGCUCUGGUGACUGUUACCCUGGCCCAGCUGGGGAAGGGCUGCAGUCUGGAAGAACUGAUGGAGAAAUGCAUUCAGUCAUUUGAUGUGGAUGGAAAGCUUUGGAGAAAUGAAGACACCGUUCACAUGAUCCUCGUCAUGCACAGUUGGGUGGUGCCGUCACCUGAGUUUGCACGGAAACUUCUACAACUCUACAGGGAAGCUGCGCAAAACCAAAGAAAAAUGCAGAUCUGCCAUUUCCUCAGGUUCUGGGUCAAUCAAUAUCCAGAGGUGUUUCAGCUGGACAGUGAGCUAGAAGAGCUGAUGUGUGACUUAUGGGAGGUGGUGAAGGAUCGGAGAAGGCCCAGUGACCACCGGAGGAGCAUUGACACUUCAUAUGUUUUUGAUGAGGACUUUACAAAGAUUUUCCCCGAGUCACCAAGCUUCAACAAGAAGAGGAAAGUCUCCCUUCUCUUUGACCACCUGGAGCCAUCAGAACUUGCAGAUCAUCUCAGCUACCUGGAAUUCAAGUGUUUCUGCAGAAUAUCGCAUUUAGACUAUCAAAGCUACACCUUGCAGAGUUCCCUGCGAGAGAUCCCUCGAUUGGAGCGAUCGGUCACCUUGUGCAACAGUAUUUCCCAGUGGGUACAGCUCAUGAUCCUCAACCGACCCACUCCCCAGCAGAGAGCGGAGGUGUUUACCAAGUUCAUUCAGGUGACACAGAAACUCCGCAAACUACAGAACUUUAACACCCUGAUGGCAGUGAUCGGGGGACUGUGUCACAGUGCUAUCUCCCGCAUGAAGGAGACACAUAGCUACCUAUCCCAAGAUGUAUUAAAGACGCUGAGCGAGAUGACUGAGCUUCUGUCCUCAAGCAGUAACUACAGCACAUAUCGGAGGGUUUAUAAUGAAAGUGUGGGGUUUAAAAUCCCCAUUCUUGGUGUGCAGCUAAAGGAUCUGGUUUCACUUAAUGAAGCAUUGCCGGAUUACUUGGACGAUGGAAAGAUCAAUGUCAGCAAAUUGCAAAGUCUCUACCAGCACAUACUGGAGCUUCGCCAGCUGCAGAAAGCCAGUCCGUCAUUCAAAGCCAACAAGGAUGUAAUACUACUACUGACUGCUUCUUUAGACGUGUUCUACACAGAAGAUGAGAUCUACACGUUAUCCUACACACGGGAACCGCGCAUACCCAAAUUACUGCCCAGCACUCCCAACAAGCGCCCCACUGAGAUUCCACACUGGACCCCACAAGUUCAGAUACAGCCGGACCCUGAAACCCUCAGUCGCAAUGUGGAGCAGAUGGUGGAGUCUGUUUUCCAGUUUUAUGACCCAGACCAGCGCGGUUACGUCUCCCGGGAAGACUUUGAAAAAGUUGUUUCCAGUCUUCCCUUCUCCUGUCACAUUCUGGAAAAGGACCACGAUGGACCUGUCAGUCAUCAGGAGAUGACGUCGUACUUUAUGAAAGCCAGUCAGGUCUGCUCCAAACUGGGGGUUCCUUUCUUGCAAAGCCUGGUGGAGAUACGUCUGAAGGAAUUGCCGCUGUGUGCCAGCUGUAUUUGGUCUGUGGCUAAACAAGGCUAUGUUUCUGGAGGUUUGCACAAGGAUGUCAUGCAGAGCUGGAAGGAGAGACCCACCAGUCCCCAGAACGUAGCUGAAAUGAGAGGUCCACAGCAGAAGUCUUGUCAGACAGAUGGUUUAGUGGCAACACAACUUCCCGCCCAUCCCAAACAGCACUGCGGAGAUUCCUGCACGAGAUCGAAGUCUUUGCUGGGGAGGCUAAGAGAGGUGGAGAAGGUAUACGUGUAUCAGCGUGCAGGGAAUAGAGUGUCUCCUCACAGAGAAAAAUCAAGAAAGGGACUGCUUGCGGAUGGAGAAUGCCGGCCUGCAUUGUACCAAUUGCCAGCUGGCCGCAGAGAAUGCCAAACUGCAGAGCCAGUUAAGCAUCCUGCAGAAGAAGGUGAAAGCAUUGGCUACGGACUCAAAUAUGCAACCAGCUAUCACUGAAAUACUGGAGAACCUGAACGCUCUACAAAUACAAUGUGACGGAAAACGGUGACCAACACCAAGAGAAAGGACUUGUGAAGCAACUUCUCUGUACAUUUACUUCUCUAAUAAUCUCAUUAUCUGUGGAGCAACAGGACUAUGGUCUAUGUAUAUAUACUGAUCUUAUACUUGUAUGAACUAGCUCCUCUCAGCAUUACAGGGCAAUAAACACCUGGACCGUCAAAUCACGCCCCUAUUUACAGAAGCCACACCCCACAAUUAGUCAUCUUCCUCCUUUCUCACUCCUGAAAAUUAGGACUGUCCAGCCAAAAAUAAAAUUGGGACUUGAACAUGUUGCUAUCUUUUACAAAGAUCACAUUGCAAUACGUUGAGAAACUUCUUGGAUUAUUUGAUUUAUUUAAAUGAUAUGAUUGGAGUUUUUAGGUUUGGUGCUGUUACUGUCUUACAGUACGUGAGUGGUCAAAGCCAGAUGGUAAAAGAUGGUCCCCAAAGUCACCUGGAGAUGUAAUAGCGGACUGUAUGUGCUGACCACCGGAAAUGGAAUAUUGGGCUUAUUGUGAACUAUAGAAUAUUCCAAUUUAUUUCAUUAUAAUAUAAAAUGUCAAUAUAUUUUUUCUUUGAAUCCUCUACCGAUAAGAAAUGCACAAAGAGAUAAAAAAUAAAUUCCCAGCAACCGUGCUUCUCUC